AUGCCCGUGUUGUUUGCUCUGGUGUUGGCCCUAACGGCAGUCACAGCCGUCCCGAGAAACCCGGAGAGGAUUGUCGGAGGCUCAGUUACGACCAUCUAUAACUAUCCUGAGAUAGCGUCCUUGUUGUUCUCCUGGGGCAACGAAGGCCACUUCCAAGUUUGUGGAGGAACAAUUCUGAACAAUAGAGCAAUGCUCACUGCUGCUCACUGUACUAUUGGUUAUGCAGCUGUAAGAUGGCGCAGCCGUGUUGGAUCCACCAACGCAAAUUCCGGGGGUGUCGUUAUUAAUAGUGCCUCGAUAAUCAAUCACCCGAACUACAAUCGUGUCACUUUCGAUAACGAUAUAGCCAUCAUCCGUCUGGCCAGUAUCAUUCAUUUCACUAUGGCUAUCCAACCUGGAAGCUUUGCUGGCGCCGCCUAUCACCUUGGAGACAACCAAGUAGUUUGGGCUGCUGGCUGGGGAACUACUUCUGCAGGAGGUCAAUCAUCUGAACAAUUAAGACACGUGCAAAUAUGGACCAUUAACCAGGCGACCUGCAGAAAUCGUUAUGCCUCAGUCGGCAAUACUAUUACCGACAACAUGCUGUGUUCUGGCUGGCUCGACAUCGGGGGCCGCGACCAGUGCCAGGGUGACUCCGGUGGUCCGUUGUACCACAACAGAGUCGUCGUCGGCGUCUGCUCUUGGGGCCGAGGCUGUGCUCAAGCUUUCUUCCCUGGUGUCAAUACUCGUGUUGCUCGUUACAUUAGCUGGAUUCUUAACAAUGCAUAA